GUGGCGAACUGGGUGAGCGUUGCUUGGCGCGAUGUUCCAGCUGAUGUGAUUGAGCGCUCGGUGACAGUAGCUGGAUUUUCACCAAGAUUUGGAGAUUGGCAUGGGGCGCGACACGGCGUUUACGGCGAGCUGUUUUGCUCAAAGUCGAAGAAGCGCGUCGAUGAAGACACUAACGACGUGAGCGACAACGGCGGCGCCUUCAAUGAGGACUGUUUCGAUGAAUUUUCGAAUUGGGAUAGUGAAGACUCUGUGUAG